GCGGAGCCCCCCCGCCCCCCCGCUGGGCGGCGGUCAUGGAGGACGUGCUCGACGAGGAUGCGAUCUCGCGGAAGUCCCCGAGCUUCCUGUACACGACCCGGCAGAGCUCCCUGAAGCCCAAGGCGGGCGAGGCGCAGGUUCGAAGGACCACGACGCGCCUGACCAGCUCGUCGUCGCGCUCCACCUCCGCGAGCGACUACGUGGAGGAGCUCAUGCGCGACGCCGAGGGCUCUUGGUUCACGAGGAACAGCGUUAUCCCGCAGAAGUACGACGAUCACGAGUACCCCGAGGGCUCUCUCGGGGCGCAGGCCACAAAGGUGCUGGGCAGCUCCAGCUUCGACACCAUCAUGGGAGUCGUCAUCUGCUUCAACGUGACCCUGAUGAUCCAGGAGGCGAACCUCAGCGCCGAGUGCGACAG